GUUACGUUGGGGGUUACGUGAAGUUGGUCAGUCCACUUCCUGUACAGUGGGACAUCCCGCUGCAUCAGUCUCCACCGUAUCCAUGGUGAAACAGUCUCGUUUUGACAUACUUUUUAAAAAGACUGCGUUGACGCUAAAUCGGCUACACAAGGAUAUGCGACUUUACCUCAGUCUGUUUACGUCCAUUAUGUGAACGCUGUUCUGAGUUCAAUCUGGUCGAGACGUUGGCUACAACUAUUUGUCCAUGGACAUGGAGUGUGGAAUCACUGCGAAUCGAAUGUGUUCGUAAGCAGGAACAAGGACAAGUUACAGGCUACACUUCUGUAAUACUACUCGUUUGUAGCCGAUUUCAAACCAAACACUUUGGUGGGAUAUAAAACAACCUGGAAUAAUAAUAAUGGGGGUGUAUCGGAAUCUAUGUUUAUCCGUUGCCCUUAUAUUGUCCUGUCUCAAAGACGGACUUGCAUUCAAUCUGGAUAUCGAGAAACCUUCUGUGUUCUCUGGUCCUCGAGGGAGCUACUUCGGAUUUUCUGUGGAUUUCUUCAAACCGAGUAACAGACAAUUAAACGUUCUUAUAGGUGCUCCAAGAGCAAUCGUGUCAACAGUGUCAAACGUGUCCGAGAGAGGGGCAGUCUACAGCUGCCCUUGGCAAACCGGAGAUGGUUGUAAACAAAUACAGUUUGACAAUACAGAUGACCGGAAGAAUGAAAACAACCAGCAAAUGGAGUUCAAGACCAACCAGUGGUUUGGAGCUACAGUACGUUCAGAUGGGGAACAUAUUUUGGCCUGUGCCCCUCUGUACCAAUGGAGCACCUAUGGCCUUUCAGAAAGGGAGCCUGUCGGAACCUGCUUCCUGAAAAAAGGGUCAAGUGUGGUGGAAUACUCCCCGUGUCGCUCAAAUUUCAACUCACCAGAGGGACAAGGUUUUUGUCAAGCUGGAUUCAGUGCAGAUUUUGUGAAGAAUAACAGGGUUGUUGUUGGCGGACCCGGCAGCUUCUAUUGGCAAGGUCAGCUCAUCUCUGACGACAUAUCGGAGAUCAUAACCAAAUUCAACAACAACUUCUACACGACAUACAGCAAUCAACUAACCACCAAGUCAGCGAGCGCCCAGUAUGAUGAUAGCUAUUUAGGAUACUCCGUAGCGGUGGGGGACUUCAACAAUGAUGGGGACGAUGAUUACAUUACUGGUGUUCCAAGAGGAGAAAAAGCCCUUGGUUAUGUAAACAUAUUUAAUGGGCAGAAUAUGGUGUCUAUGCUCAACUUCACCGGUGUUCAGAUGGCUGCCUAUUUUGGGCAUUCGGUAGCAGCAACUGACAUUAACAAUGACGGGCUGGUGGAUCUGUUUGUGGGAGCCCCUCUCUUCAUGGACCGUGGCUCUGACGGGAAGUUGCGGGAGGUCGGCCAGGUGUACGUUUACCUGGGCAAGGGCGCCUUCACCUUCUCCAACCCCCAGAAGCUCACUGGCUCCGAGAUCUACGCCCGCUUCGGCAGCUCCAUCGCCAGCCUGGGCGACCUUGACCUGGAUGGCUUCAAUGAUGUGGCCAUAGGUGCCCCUUAUGGAGGACCUGAUCACCAGGGCCUAGUGUACAUCCACAACGGCAGAGCGGGAGGGCCCGAGCCCACUGCUUCCCAGGUGCUGGAGGGCCGCUGGGCCUCCUCCUCCAUGCCCCCCAGCUUUGGCUACGCCAUGCACGGCUCCACAGACAUCGACCUGAACGGAUACCCAGACCUGAUUGUGGGCGUGUUUGGCGCUGACAAAGCUGUUCUCUACAGGGCUCGGCCAGUCAUCAGUGUAAACGCCACCCUAGACAUCAGUCCCCAGAUCCUGAAUCCUGAGGACCAGAGCUGCAAGCUGCCCAGUGCCCCCUCCACCUCAGUGUCCUGUUUUACAGUGAAGUACUGCCUGAAGGCAAGUGGAAGAGGUGCCCCGUCCGAUUUGAACUUCCAGGUGGACAUCGUCCUGGACAAGCUCAAGCACAAGGGGGCGGUCAAGCGUGUCCUCUUCCUCCACAGCCGCCAGUCUCAGUACUCCAAGAACAUGAGCGUGUCCAAUGGGCGAACCCCAGGUUGCGAGGAGCUGGUGGCCUACUUGAUCGAUGACUCAGAGUUCAGGGAUAAGAUCACGCCCAUUGCCGUGUUUAUGGAGUACCGGCUGGACUAUAAGACGGCUGCCGACAAGACUGGCCUGCUGCCCAUUCUAGACCAGUCCACGCCUGCCAACGUGACCAAACAGGCUCAUAUAUUAUUGGAUUGUGGGGCUGACAAUAUCUGCAAGCCAGACUUGAAACUGACUGUGGUGAGUGACCAGAAGCAGAUCUACAUCGGUGAUGAUAACCCCCUGACCUUGGCGGUCACCGCAGAGAACAACGGGGAGGGGGCGUAUGAGGCCGAGCUGCACGUCACCAUGCCCCCGCAGGCCGACUUCAUUGGGGUGGUGCGCAACAGUGAGACUCUCUCCAGGCUCUCCUGCGCUUACAAGAGAGAGAACCAGACCAGGAUGGUAGUGUGUGACCUGGGAAACCCUAUGAAGGGAGGCACAAAGGUCAUGGCCGGCCUCCGCUUCAGUGUCCACCAGCUAUCCGAGCAGGACACCUCUGUCAAGUUUGACCUGCAGAUCAUCAGUUCCAACCAGUUCAACAACACCAGCAACCUGGUCUCCAGUGUCACAAAGCUCGCCGUCUUGGCUAAAGUGGAAAUAAGAGGUGUGUCUGCACCAGAUCAAGUCUUCCUCCCAAUUGCUAACUGGCAGCCAAAAGACAAUCCAGUGUUGGAGGACGACAUUGGUCCCCUCAUCCUCCACGUGUAUGAGCUCCGGAAUAAAGGCCCAAGCACGUUCAGCAAGGCUAUGCUCGACAUCAAGCUGCCUUACAAGUACAACAACGGCUCUCUGCUCUACAUCACCAAGUACACGGUGGAUGGAGCCAUGAACUGCAGCACGGACAUGGAAAUCAACCCUCUCAAUGUUUCUAAUCCCACAUUUUUGGACAAGAACAUGACUGUGACCAGCGGGGACCGGGCGGAGAGCAGGAUCCGCAACCACGUGCACCGGCGUGACCUGGAGCGCAAGCAGAUGGAGGGAGACCUAGAGACACUGGACUGUGAGAAGGCCAAGUGUCUGAAGAUCCAGUGUCGCGUGGGCCGUCUGGAGAGGGGCCAGAGUGCCAUCCUGUUCAUCCGCUCGCGGCUCGGGGUUGCCACUUUCCUCCAGGCUGAGUCCCAGAACCGCUCCUACAGUGUCCGGUCCUCGGCCACGUUUAACGUCAUAGAGAUGCCCUACAAGAACCUGGUGUCUGAGUUCCCCUCCAACAGCACGACGGUGAACCUAGCUGUGAUUUGGGUGAAGACAGACUACACCCAACCUGUGCCAGGAUGGGUUGUAGCUCUUGCUGUGUUGGCUGGACUCCUCCUGCUGGCUCUGCUGAUCUUUGUAAUGUACAAGCUGGGCUUCUUUAAGAGAGUGCGCCCCCCUCAGGGCGACUGCACAGAGAAGGAGCAGCUGCAGCCCCUGGAGAAUGGAGAACGCAACACGGAGGCGUGAGGAUCGCCACCACAGCACUGUGUCCACUCAACACCACGUCUCCACGACAGGACUGGGAAAUGGCCUGUGGCGACAACCAUGGGAUAGAACUAUACAGUUAUGUGUGUCUGUGCGUGUGUGUCUGUGCGUGUGCGUGUGUGCGCGUGCGUGUGUGUGUGUGGGGGUGCUAGUGUGUAUGUGUUUUGUGAGUCACUUGGCCCUUCUGAAAAUCUUGGGACAGACUGACCUGUAAAUGCAGUUUUUUGCCAACUUUGGUUGCACAAACGCAGUACUUUCGAUUGUGGACACUGGAAGAGUGAUUGCUUUUUGGUCUAGACUGCUCUGAUUCAUGUGACUGCCAUAGUGCUAACGACGGGGAAAAUGCUCGAUGAAGAAGUGCUAAAACUUUCAAAUGCAGUGGUGUUCAUUUCUUUCGACUGUCCCUCAUACUGGGACGAGUGCCAAUCCAGUUUGACUGUGCUUCAACAAAACCUGCUGGUUAAAUCUAUGCAUAUUAACUGCACUGACUUUCAUGAGAUUCAUUAGGCGGCAAAUGUAGUUGAACUAUGAGGCGUUUGAAUAACCAUUGUUUACACUGUUAGUUUGAAGCAAUAGAGAAUACAAAAGGUCUUAACUCUUUGUAAUAAAUGUAGUGUCGGAUGAAUUGGGAAAUUUGCAAUAAUCAUGUACGUUGAAUAGCUGCUGCCAUAUGGUGCUUCAGGAGAACAGUCCUGGACAAAAGACCAUCCUUGAGAAAAAUGUGCUUCUUUGUGAAAGUGCUUGAUUGUCAUCCUUAUGUUGGUCUGUAGUCCCUUUUAAACUGACCCUCAUUCAGUAAACAUUUCACAGUGCUUUGCCUUUUCUAAAAACCUACAAAAUGGGUAAAAAAUCCCAUUCAAACAAGUCCAGGGGGUGCAAAUUAGGUUCUUCACUAGGAAGGUUAGUCUAAACGAGUGUUAUACUAGAAGUGUAAGACACCCAAAUACAAUGCAAUUGUAAACUUAGCAAAUUCAGGCAGUGGUCUGUUUUUGUUAUUGUGCGUAUGAAUGCUAUAAUAAGAAAGGAAUAUUAUGAUUUACAGUUAAUGGCUUUAAUAUGAGCCGUUGGCUUGCUGAUUAACACAGGAAGGAUCAAGUGAGCCGGCAGUCCUUAAAACGUGACCAAGGACACAUUUGCAUUCACACUGUGAAAAGAAUGUGGACAUAUUUGGCCUAGAACACCUAAAAAGUUGUCCGAGUUAUCGGAUGUCGAAUGCAGAUCGAGUGUGUAUACUCACUUCUCUUAAGAGGUGUGAAGUCCCGUUAUCAUUCAUACCAGGACAGGUCGGCAGUGGUGGACGAAGUACACAAAUCCUGUACUUGAGUGAAAGUAGAGAUACACAUGGUUAAAUGUUACUCCAGUAAAAGUAGUUCGUCCUCCUUUUACAUUU